UGUAAGUACCGGAAGCCCGCCAUUGAUGGUAGAAAGAAAACUAGCAACGUGAGCUUCUCGUCAUUGUCGUUGAAGAAAGAAGUUUUGAUCAAAAGGAAAAUAGGUUACGUUUAUAAUCCAACUUUAAACCAUCAUAAAGAAUGGCGUAUAGAGGACAAGGACCGAAGGUCCAGAAGGUUAUGGUGCAGCCAAUUAAUCUUAUUUUCAGGUAUCUCCAGAACCGCUCCAGAAUCCAGGUGUGGCUGUACGAGCAGGUGAACUUGCGGAUAGAGGGCUGUAUCAUUGGAUUUGAUGAAUACAUGAACCUGGUUCUGGAUGAUGCUGAAGAGGUCCACAUGAAGACCAAGAACAGGAAACCUCUGGGGCGGAUCAUGCUGAAAGGAGACAAUAUCACCUUGCUACAAAGUGUUGCUACUUAACCUUCCCAUGAAGACCUUUAACCUCCUGUGUUUUUUUUUUUUUUGGUUUUUUUUUUUUUUUUUGAUAAUUAGCGGUAGUCUGAAUUUGUGAUGAAUCUACUGAGCAUUUAGCUUUUCAUGUUUGUCCAUUCGGAAGUACAUUAUAACAUACCGAAGUGGUAUUGAUUCUUUGUAUAAGGAUUUUUCUCCUGUCUCUUUGUAACAGUUUUCCUCGAACAAUAAAACUGCUUUUGUUUUAUUAA